CAGGGCGUUGGGCCAGCUCCUGUGACAGACGGAGCUGGAGCGGCGGGGCGGCGGCGGAGUCCGGCGGCCGAGAGAGCGAGUGAGCGAGCGAACGAGCAGCGACCCCGGGGUCCAGGGAGCGAGAAGGAGCAGGAGGGGAGCGCUCGGGCGCGAGCGAGAGAAACCGCGAGCGCGGGGCUUGAGCUCGAGCCCCGGAACGGCGGAGGAGCCCGCCCGCCCGCGCCCCUCCCCUCCCCCUCCCCGGGCCCGGGCCCAGCGCGCCAUCCUCCCCCUCCCUCCUUCCCUCCCUCCCUCCUUCCUCCCUUCCCUCUCCCUCUCCCCCUCCCCCGCCGGUGGAUGGGAGUGAAGGACGGAAGAGGCCCUGCGGAGGCGGCGGUGCAGCGCUCCGGACUCAUCAAAUCUCCCCACUAAAGACAGUUGAGAAAGAUGAUAUUUAAACUGAAUCUUGAAUGAAUAAUUGGAGUGGACAUGCGAGAAGGUCAUUUUAGGUAGAGGGAAGAGCAACAUAUACAGGUGGAAUGAACUUUAUUUGUUGAGUAUCUCCUGGUUACUCGUUGGAUUCAUUGUGAAAGAAUCAUUUUCCCCUGCGUGAAAGCCACUUAGUGGCAUAUUUAAUUAUAAAUCCAGGGAUUGCAAAGCUUUUCGAUUUCCCAAAGGAGGGACAUACCACUAUAUCAGAUAAGCUUGACAUUACAGCCAAAAUGGUGCUGUCCCAGAGACAACGAGAUGAACUAAAUCGAGCUAUAGCAGAUUAUCUUCGUUCAAAUGGCUAUGAAGAAGCAUAUUCAGUUUUUAAAAAGGAAGCUGAAUUAGAUAUGAAUGAGGAAUUAGAUAAGAAAUAUGCUGGUCUUCUGGAAAAAAAAUGGACAUCUGUUAUUAGAUUACAAAAGAAGGUUAUGGAAUUAGAAUCAAAGCUAAAUGAAGCAAAAGAAGAAUUUACGUCAGGUGGACCUCUUGGUCAAAAAAGAGACCCAAAAGAAUGGAUUCCCCGUCCACCAGAAAAAUAUGCAUUGAGUGGUCAUAGGAGUCCAGUCACUCGAGUCAUUUUCCAUCCUGUGUUCAGUGUUAUGGUCUCUGCUUCAGAGGAUGCUACAAUUAAGGUGUGGGAUUAUGAGACUGGAGAUUUUGAACGAACUCUUAAGGGGCAUACAGACUCUGUACAGGAUAUUUCAUUCGAUCACAGUGGCAAGCUUCUGGCUUCGUGUUCUGCAGAUAUGACCAUUAAACUAUGGGAUUUUCAGGGCUUUGAAUGCAUCAGAACCAUGCAUGGCCAUGACCACAAUGUUUCUUCAGUAGCCAUCAUGCCCAAUGGAGAUCAUAUAGUGUCCGCCUCAAGGGAUAAAACUAUAAAAAUGUGGGAAGUGCAAACUGGCUACUGUGUGAAGACAUUCACAGGACACAGAGAAUGGGUACGUAUGGUGCGGCCAAAUCAAGACGGCACUCUGAUAGCCAGCUGUUCCAAUGACCAGACUGUGCGCGUAUGGGUCGUAGCAACAAAGGAAUGCAAGGCUGAGCUUCGAGAACACGAGCAUGUGGUAGAAUGCAUUUCCUGGGCUCCAGAAAGCUCAUAUUCUUCCAUCUCUGAAGCAACAGGAUCUGAGACUAAAAAAAGUGGCAAGCCUGGGCCAUUUUUACUGUCUGGAUCCAGAGACAAGACUAUCAAGAUGUGGGACGUCAGUACUGGCAUGUGCCUUAUGACCCUUGUGGGUCAUGAUAACUGGGUACGUGGAGUUCUGUUCCAUUCUGGGGGGAAGUUUAUUUUGAGUUGCGCUGACGACAAGACCUUGCGUGUGUGGGACUACAAGAACAAGCGAUGCAUGAAGACCCUCAACGCGCACGAACACUUUGUCACCUCCUUGGAUUUCCAUAAGACGGCACCGUAUGUGGUUACUGGCAGUGUAGAUCAAACAGUAAAGGUGUGGGAGUGCCGUUGAUUGAGUCUCAUGUGGCCCCCUCCUCCCUUUUUUCCUCUGGAUGCACUCUGAUGAUACCAUGGUUACCCCAUUGAGCUCUGUUUAAAUAAAUAUUGUCCUUUCAUGUAAAUUAUUCUGGAUGUAGAUUGAGCUUAUUAAAUGUUACACACAAAGUAUUCAUGCAUGGUGAAUCCAAAUUGUAUACUGUAAAUUUACAUACGUUGUCUAGAAGUACCAUAGGGUUUAAAAACCUGGGCUGGCAUUGGUCACACCAGGCCUAAGAAGGCGGAAGUUGAAUACAUUGAACUAGGGCACUAAACUGAAUAGUUGACAGUGUCAUUUUAUGUUGGAUUAUGAAUUCCUGUUUCUUUCUGCUAUCUGUUGGUGCCUGACUUGAUGGCCUCAUUUGGGGGAAAGUGGUGGUUAUUAGGGCUUUCUCUGAAAUGUGUAUCUAUGUAACAUCACUUAAGUGUGCUUAAUAAAUCUUCUUUAAGGGUGUUAGAUAACAAGGCUGCAAUUCAGAAUCUUCUGAACCAUCUGUGUAAUUAUUGGGGAUUACACAUGGGAAUUUUUGUCAUGACACAUUUGCCAAAUCAAUAGGAUACAUUUGUUUUGGCAGCCUAUCAAGCAAAGGCUAGUGGUAUAUUUAUGUAAGAAAAUGACUGUAAAUCUGAAAUAAGAAAAAUCUCAGCAGCUAAUAACAAAUCAUUUAUUUCAUUUGGGUCUUAAUGCUUUGUAAACAGGUUAAAAAAACACUGUAAUACUCUAAGCUUCUAUUUUCCACACUAGACACACUUCUAGUUGUAUUCUCCAUACUAUUAGACUGUAUAGUGAUGUGACUUCCAAGUAGAGUUUAAUCUUCCCAUUGAGUGUGUCAUGGUACAAAUCACUAUUUGUUUUUGAUGUUUUUUAGGGAUGUGCAAUGUGCAUAACAUAAUAACAAAGAAAUAUUGAAAAGGUUAUGUUUGCCCAUUUUAAGGGAGUGGGAGAAAUACAGCAGUUUGUUUUUCAACAUGAAUCUGAUAUCAAUUUGAAUUGUUUAACUUACAAGUUUAUAAAAAGACAGGGUUUAAUGGAGCGUGCAUAAAAAUGUACUGUGUUUUCACCUUUUGUUUAUAUAUAAAUGUUUAUGAGUAUAUGGGCCUAUCUAUAAGUGGAUAAGUCUGUAUAUGUAUAUGUAUAUCACACACAUACAACCUCCAUGUCCUUGGGUCCUGGGUUUUUGAAGAAGUGCUGAAACAUAUAAAUAGAAUAAAUCUUGCUGUGGAAUACCAUGCUUUAGAACAAAUCCUUUUUGAUCCUAACGCUUCUGAAAACUAGGGCUGACUCUGUGGGCGUUUUCCCAGCUAAAGGAAAAUCACUUCCGUUAUCCCCCACCCCCAGUUUGGCUGUUGAGCAUUUUACACGUCCCUGAUAUAGUGUAUAUUGUGAUCCAAAGUUACUGCAAAUAGGUUUAAGAGAAUUUUUAUCUGUGACUUUGGAAACAAUAUUCCAUUGCAGAUUAUUAAUAAAUAAUCCCAUUGCUUAGCUAACCAGCAUUUUUUUUAAGAAGGUCAUUUGAAAAGUAAACAGGACAAUGAAAUAACAAAGAUAGUUUAACAAAGAAAUUUAUCCUGGAUAGCAUUUAUUCAUUUGUGUAAUAUGUGAUUUUUUUUUAAUAUUCCUUUUAGUAUUCGAUGGAAAUUUGGUUCCUGAAAAAGACAAAGGGUUGGAGUUAACGUCCUGUAGAUACACACACAGAGAAUAGGCCAUAUAUUUACUAGAAGCAGCUUUAUGUCUAGCUAGUGUCUUUUUGUUUGCUUGUUUGUUUCUAAUAAUUCCUGAGAGGUGUCUCUGGAAGGAAAAGUGUUUUGAAAACUAAUAGCUAUUUUUGAGGACAAAAGUUACAACUUAAGCUAAUUUCUUAAAUACAGUAGAAUAACUUUCAGGACAAUAUUGCCUCACAACCCUGCUCACAUUGAGAAGUCUUUUUUUGUUUCCCCUUAGCUGUUCUGACUGGAUUUUAUACAAAAGCUAUGGAAGAUAUCUUUGUUCUCGUUUGCUGCUAUUUCCUGUCCUAUUUUAAGAAAUAUAAAUACAUAGAAAUGGUGCAUCUUUAACAUUUGUUUGUUCAUGUGUAAAUGUCUUGUAUUUUAAUUCAUUUCUAGCAUGUAGCAACACGAAUUGUUUAAGGGUAAGCCACAACAUCUAGAAAUCACUCCUACAUAUGAACAAUAAAGGAAAAAAUGGUACCGAUUUAGGAGGAAACAAAGCUGCUGUCGCUGGGUUUUCCCUGCAGCCUGCAGUGACUUUCACUGACAAACAAGGAGAAACUAUCACCCUGUAAACAAAGUCAUCCUUAUUGGGAGAUUGCCACAGCCUGCUGCUUAGUUCAGUUACCAGACAUCCUCCAUUUACGAAGCAGCGAACGUUGAAUCUCAGGGAUGGUCCUCAACUGGAUCCAAGUGUAACAAGCCCUGUUUGAAUAAUGAAGGGGGUGGGGAGAGUGAUCCAUCCACAAUCCAGAAGCAGAUUUGCAGAGGUUUCCUGCACUGUUGUUUGACACUGCCCUGUUGAUGCCCUUUCUUCCUGCUUCCUGCGUUUUCUCUGUCUGCUGUCUAACCCUGUGCCUUGCCUGGGAAUAAGUACAAUGAUGAGGUUACUGGUUUGGAUUGUAAGUAGAGGAAUUUAUUAAUUGGUUUAGAGGUUCACUGCUGCUUUGUCACUUUCUCAAUCAGACUGGCCACUUAUUUAAGAAAUAAAAAGCUGGUAGAAUUGCAUCCUCAGAUGAUGACUGACCUUUUGUGUGUGUGAAGACAGACAUUCCAGUGCCACCCUAAUACAACGUGCCCAAGAAGUCCUAGCUGCACUCUUGAAAGUGUGUGCCACGGACACUGGUUUAGACAUGGUUUGGAGAAUAGUUGCUUUUUAACAUGGCAUCUUGCACUUUAGGAGACUGAGACUGUCCUGUUUUGUCCAUUGUGGUGUGACCAAUGGUGUGCCCAGAGCACUGCUCUAAAACUCACUAGUGUUAGCACGUCGUCGGGGCUGUGGGCGCUCGCUGUAGUCUUCGGAAGCUUUGGCUCUAGAUCACCAAGCCCAGUCUCCUUACUGUCAGUGCCCUGCUCUCCUGUUUGCCUCUUUCUGUUUCUAUGUGAACUUCCAGAUAAUAUCACUCGAAUAGUUUUUUUUAAACUUAUUUAAAGAAAAACUAUUUAGAAGUAAAGGAUAUUUUGUUUUGUUGACAGUGGUGGCUUGAUAAUCCUUAAGCAACUGAAGAUAAAAUUGUUGAAGGAAAAGGCACUUAAAAUGGUUACUCUCUGUCCAGCUGUAUAUAAGUCCAGUGUGUUAACUAAUCUAGAUGAUGCAAAGAAGAAUCUCCUGGUAGAGAAGCAACAUGUACAAAAUUGGUGCAAAAGGUUUUGGUUUUUUUUCAGUGGGGUGGGGGGAGGGCAAGCUGGAUUUACAAGUCACGACUGGACUGAACUGGCCUUUUUACCUUUCCACUAUAUCAUGUAAGUGGCUGCUUUCCUGUCCUGCCUAUCCUUCAAGCAUCCCUAAAGCUCACUCCGAAGAUGGUAGAAACAAACACACAAUCUUCGAGUUAGAAGUUGAUCCUGACACUGACAUGAAGGCGAACGCUGAUUUCACACAAACCAACAGUUACAGAGGUGGUGACUGGAGAAAACAGUUCCCCAGAUUGUAAGAGUUAACUGAAGAUAUUGACACAAUUUUAAAAAAUCAGUAAAGGAAUGUAUAUAAUAUUGCUCUUGUGUUUUACAGUAAGAUUUGUUGCUCUCAGACUGUGUAAAACAAGAUUUAUUCAUGUUUUCUGCAUAUUAAAAAAAUCUUAUUGUACCAAUUGGUAAACUAUUAAAUGCCUAUAAAACUA